AGAAAAAUAAAAGAGUUCCUGUUCCACCACGUGAUCCCACACAAGAUAUAUCAGAAGAGCAAAAAUAUGUAAUUCUUUAAAGCAUUAAAUCUCCCUUAUGAUAUAUAAUAAUGGUGUAUGCAUGUAUAUAUGUGUAUGUAUAUAUAUCCACAUAAUUGACUUCUUGUUUUUCUUCAAUGUAGAAGUACACACCAAAUAUCCUGCAGGUGAAUAACAAAACUGCCCUUUUUCUCUCUUAUCAUCAUCACCAUACAUAUAUAUCUAUAGGAUUUCAUAUAUAUAUAUAUAUAUAUAUAUACAAGAUUAAUUUAUCAAGAACACAAGUUUUCUCUUACACACCUACCCCACCCCACCCCCACCACCCCCAACAUAGGAAUUAAAAUGGGAAGGCCUCCAUGCUGUGAUAAAGUAGGAAUCAAGAAAGGACCAUGGACACCUGAAGAAGACAUCAUUUUAGUGUCUUAUAUUCAAGAACAUGGUCCUGGUAAUUGGAGAGCUGUUCCUACUAAUACCGGUUUGUUGAGGUGCAGCAAGAGUUGCAGGCUGAGGUGGACUAAUUAUCUGAGACCAGGGAUCAAGAGGGGCAAUUUCACCCCACAUGAAGAAGGGAUGAUUAUCCAUCUCCAAGCUUUAUUAGGCAACAAAUGGGCUGCUAUAGCAACAUACUUGCCACAAAGAACAGACAAUGACAUCAAGAAUUAUUGGAACACUCACUUGAAAAAGAAGCUAAAGAAACUCCAAUUACCUCCUUUCGAAGCACCACCACCACCACAAAUCGCGGCGUCGUCUCAAGAUUCGACGUUUUAUCGUCAAUUCAUUUCGAAAAGUUAUAAUGGCGCCGAAAGAAUCAUCGAUAAUAAUCACAAGGUUGUGGUAAGUGAGAAUUCAUCGGUAUACGCUUCGAGUGCGGAGAAUAUAUUUGACUUAGUGGCCUGUAUUUUAAGAGGCCACGUGGAGGGUAGGAGUGGCCCUGGAAAUAUAUUUAGAGAAGGGUAUAAUAGGGUAUGUUGCCUAAGAUCACACAUCUUAAUUAGAGCUUUCAAUGACAUGGGGACCUAA